ACUCGAUUAACGAUUGAUCAUCAGUCAUGUCAGUUACGUCAGUCGUUGAACCUUUCGUGUGAUCAUCAGAAUUCUCUCAGUUUUGUUUGAACCCUCUUUUCAUCGAAGCUGUCAAGCACUAUUAAGUAGUGUUCCUGAAAAUCAGCGUGCAGUAGAUGGCCCACAGGCGAGAUUAGUUGAUGGGAAGCGGACUGAAAAUCGAAAAGUUGACCGGCACUUUUGUGAAUUAAAAUUGCUCCUGAUCAGAUUUACAUCAAUUGGGGAUGUCGCUGGGCUACGCCUUCGGUGCAGUGGGCGAAGUCGGGGGGCCUCACGUCCAUCCGCUACCCGGCGUGGAUGUCAAUUGUACCGAAGUUGAGCACGGCGUGCCGUGGGUCUGGAAUGUAUUCCAUGAGUGCGUAACCAACGACGUGCAAUAUGCCGGGUUCUUCCUGGGUCUGCUCUCCAUUCUCUGCUGGCUGGUCGUCUUCCUACCACAAUUCUACGAAGCUUUCAAGAAUGGCAAGAUGGACGAGGCCUUAUCCCCACUUUUCCUCUUCUGCUGGUUUCUAGGCGACGUGUCCAAUCUGGUCGGCAGCAUACUAAGCAAUCAGCUAGGAACGCAGAUAGCUGUGGCUUAUUACUACAUAGGAAUGGAUGCUCUGGUUCUACUGCAGUUCACGUACUACUACAUCAAGAACCGGAGAAGAAGACACAUAGGAGAGCUACGGGUCAGCUACGACAGCAUGGCCAAGACGAAUCGCAACCAGGUCAUCUACUGCACGGGCGGCCUCCUCCUACUGGCCAGCACCACCUGGUUUUCGCUGUCGCCAUGGCGACAGGCCGCAGUGCAUCCUGGGAGCAGGGCUGCAGGCAGGACGUUACUAGGGCUGGAGGAGUCGCCUGCCACUAUAUGCAAGGUUCCGUUCCUGAGCACGGGCGACUGCAUGUUUUAUACUGACAAAGAGAUCAUUGGUUAUGCCUGUGGGUGCGUAUCAGCAUUCUUCUACUUGACAUCUCGCAUCCCUCAACUUUAUAAAAACUUCAAGCGCAAGUCAGUGGAGGGCGUGGCCAUCUUGAUGUUCAUCUUGACGGUUCUCGGCAACGUCCUCUACGGCAUGUCAAUCAUCAUGGAGGGCACAACGGUUGUCUUUUUCGUGCGACACUUCCCCUGGCUCGUGGGUAGCCUGGGCACGCUCUGCUUCGACUGCACUGUGCUGGUGCAGUUUCGUCUGUACAGGAAGCGACCGCCGGGGUAUGUGGGGAUUGACGGGGACGAGACGAGAGGUUUACUGACGCCAAACAGACCAUCCGACGACGAGGGUUUCUACAGGGCGGCCAACGGGAUAAACACUUAGAAAAUGUUUGAGAUAAUUACCAACGGUUGCCUAAAAUGAAUUUGGGUCAUUUUAUUAAUUUGGGGUCCACUUUUUUUCCUGUCCCUGUUACAUCUGACAUCUUUGAUUAAAUAAUUCUGAUGCACUCACUAUUGCAGUUGUCCUCAAAGAGUGGUUUUGAACGGCAAACUACCUACAAAUAAAUUAAUCAUUUGAAGUAUUUUUUUAAUGAUACUUGAAUGACAAAUUACAAAGUACCAAGGUAACAGGGACAGGAAAAAUGUAACACUUUGGACCCUUAAUUUAAAGAAUGACCAUGUUGGACAAUGUUGCUUUGAGCAAGAUGCUUUGGGGAGAAAGUUGGCGAGCAUGUUGACAUUUUGUGUGUGUAAAUUAAGCAACUUGAAGAGGCAGAUUUGAACCUUGAGAAGUUUUAGGGAAUUCCAGAGUUAGCAGUUUUAACUAACAUCAGGGUAAGCAAUUGUUUUCAGAACCACAAGCCAAUAUCAUGGCGAUCAUAAGCACAGACUUGCGUACCAGAAAAUAUCUGCUUUAUAGCAGAAGCCGGUUACCAGCCAAGAUGUCAUGCGGUUUUCAUUGCAUGUGACUGGUUCUUGGCUGGUAUUCUGCUUCGCACACAAACUUUCCAAGCAAUAUUCAAUGCUUAAUUAACAGGGCCCAAUUUCAUAGAGCUGCUUAAGCAUAAAAUUUGCUUAAGCACAAAACAAACCUUGCUUAAUAUAAUCAUGUUACCGGCCAAAACUCCAUGCGAUGUACAUUGCUUGUGACUGGUAUUUAACUGUUGUUUACUUAGCAUAACAAUCGCACGGAGUUUCGGUGGGUAACCUGAUUAUAUUAAGCAAACUUGUUUUUGCUUAAGCAAAUUUUUUGCCCUGGGCCCUGGUCUGUGAACUGCCACUGAAUAUUCAUGAGGUGACAUCACCAAGGGAAGAUAGUGUUUGUCAGGGUGUUAAUGAAACUACCUCAGAAAUUCACAAUGCACUUGUCUGGUGCAUUUAACACAUGCCCGUCCAUUCCAUGCCUAAAGAACUUGAUGACAUAAAUUUUGGGUACAAAAGAAUUGCCAAGUAUAGCAUGUAUAGAGGGGUAUGUAUUUAUGGGAAGUACAGGAAUCAGGAAGGGUACUCAA